AUGAUUUUAGCAUCCUGGUUGGUCUUUUCGCUGUUAUUCUUACUUGAAUCUGCGCUAGGAUACAGAAAUGUGAUCCAGCCAAAGCAUACUACUACCACAUCAGAAACCCCAAAACCAUGGAUGCGUACCAUUUAUGGGACGCAGCCUGAAAUUGUGACUCCUACUGUGAUUGCUGGUGUGACUUUCGGGCAUCCACCAAAAGUUACUCCAGAUCCAUUGGAAGCCUGGGUUUCAUUAAAGAAAGAUGGUUCUCCACAGACCAUAAAGCCCCAAAUCAAGAACGGCCGUACAAAGAACCCAUCACCUGAUUAUGGGACAUACUUUAAGACUGCUUCAGUUACAACUUAUUCCGAAGAACAGUUAAUUGAGAUGGGUAUAGAUCCUGAAGGUCCACAUGAAGAGGAAGUACUUGCGGAUGAGGACCUUACCUAUUUAUCAUUGAACCCUGUUAUCAGAUGUACUCCUGACCGUUACUUUAACAAAGGUUUGGCUAAGGACGAAACUAGUGCACCAUUCUGUACCCCAAAAGAAAACGCCGAUUUGAAAGUUGAUAAGACAUAUUUUGUGUCAUGGUUCACUAGAUUCUUCGAAAAUGAUGACGGUGUGAAGGAAGAUGAAGUUCGUGUUCAUUUAUCAUACGUCCAGGAGAAAGCUCAUGAUAAGGGAUAUGCCAAAAGAGAAAUGAAGGCUACGUUUUUCUCCAGUGAAUGGUUGAAAAAUCUUGACGGUAUGUAUCCUUUGGAAGUAAGGGAAGAGUGGCUACAGGGAUCAUAUAAUAAAAAGGUAGUUGUUUCUGUUCAGCCUAAGAGUGUUCCAGACGAUGAAUUCGAUCCAUUGGAACAUGGUGUUGUAAUCAACAUUAUCUUGGGUUCCAAAGUGUUCAAAACUACCAAAGAACAAUUGGCCCUAGAGGAUCAAGGUAUUACUGACGAUACUUGGUACUAUGUUGCAAUGACCAUCCCAACAGCAGUAUUAUUUGCAGUUGUUUUCAUGUACUUCUUCGUACAACUUAAUGCUAGAUACAGAGAUUUUAGCGAUGUUAAAAGAGACGCAUUGAAUCAAAAACGUAGAGUCAUUGGUAAGUUCAAAGAUAUGAAAAAAUACAAGAACAUCAAGAAUCACAAAUAUGACGAACUCCCUCUACACAAAAGUAGUAAACAAAGUUGA